AUGGAGAAAUCGAAAAACUUCCGAAUUGACGCCCUGCUUGCUGAUGAGACCAACCGUGUGAGCCGAGAUCUCUCCCCCGGUCUGAGCAGCGACAGCCCAACAGGCAGCCCGUUAUCGUGCCGCCGCGCGGACACCCCGUCUCCGCGGGCCGCACAACUUCAAGGAAUAAUCCACAAACCGGGUGUCCUGAAUCUCCCGCAUCCAGGUCUCGCUUCAAUUCCCGGCAUGUAUCAUGCCCCUAUGUACCCAUUGUCCGCGUUGGGUGGACAGCACCCCGCGUUUGCAUACACCGGUUUCACACAACUAACACAGACCUACCCAGAGCACCUAAAGGCAGCUGCCAUGGCGGGAUCUCUGCCCCUGGAGCACUGGAUCCGCGCCGGUAUCAUGAUGCCACGACUACCAGAUUACAGCACGGGCCCUCAGUCUGGUUUGUUGGGGAAGUGCCGGAGGCCCCGCACCGCCUUCACCAGUCAGCAGCUGCUGGAGCUGGAGAACCAGUUUAAGCUCAACAAGUACCUGUCCAGACCCAAACGCUUUGAAGUGGCCACCUCCCUCAUGCUGACCGAAACACAGGUCAAGAUCUGGUUCCAAAAUCGGAGGAUGAAGUGGAAACGCAGCCGUAAGGCGAAGGAGCAGGUCACCGCAUCUACACCGUCUGAGUCCCAGCGACUACGCAGCGGAGGAAAAACAGCCACGGACAAACCUGAUGAGAGCAGACGAGCUGUGAAACCAGACGAUAGAGGGAUUGAUCUUGAGCUGGAGGAUGGAGAAGAGGAGGAAGAGGACGAGGAGGAGGAAGAGGACGAGGAGGAAGAAGAGGUGGAAGCCCAGCAUGGUUUUCCUCUUGGGAUGCCACGAUCCACAGACUUCUUACAGCGUAGCACCGACAUUGGCUACAAUCCCCACAGCCCUUUCUCUGACGAGGAGCUGGAGGGGGUGCAAGUAGGAGGAGGUGACAGGAAGAUCGGGGCAGGACUGUGA